AUGCAGGUGCAGACCGACCUGACACCUGUCGUGCUUCUGCUGCUGCUUCUGCUGCUGCUGCUCCUGCUGCGGCCCGGGUGUCAUUGUACUCAGAGAAGGAUCCAGACGAACAAUGCCACCAUCCAGGUGGCCACCCAGGAUGCAGGGUGCGGCAUCUCGCCCCCAUCCCAAUACUGGGCCAUCAUCACAGUGGGUUGCAGGGAAGGCCUGUGGCUGGCUGAUGCUGCCUUGAUGAUGUGUGUGGCUCGAUGGUUUGACGAUCGACCGGGUGUCUCACUCGCCCCCCCCCGAUAUAUUGGAACCACCAGUCGGCCUCAGAGGAGGAAGGCAGAGGGACAGUGA